UGAAGAAAGUCGAACGUGGCCGAGGUCAGCAAGAGAUUGUAGAAAGUUAACAGCAGUUCGUGUAACUAUGUGGCUCCGUUAGUUACAAGAAAUUCGACAAAAUGAAACGGUGUUCGUACUGAAAAUGUUAUUACUCUUCGUUUUACUCUUGACAAGUUCAGGUUCAUGUCAAGACAGUGAAGGCCCCUACCGAGGCAAACAUAUCGGGAAACUAAAUUCGUACCACCAUGAAGUCGGGGGCGACGUGUACGCGGUGGACGACUACACCAUCUUAUUAACAUCGUUUAGUUAUGACGGAAACGGCGCUGAUACCUUCUUCUGGGCGGGGGCGUCCAACCGGCCGGGACCCCAAGGGUUCAUCGUACCGGACGAAUACGGAAAGACUAACGUUUUGGGGCGUUAUUUCCAAAAAGACUUCACCCUGACUCUCCCCGAUAACAAAAAAAUCACAGAUAUUAAAUGGUUUGCUAUUUACGACCUUUUGAGCCAAAAUACAUUUGGGGACAUUUACAUCCCGGAAGAAUUCGAGCCGCCAACCGUCCAAAAAAUACCUCAACUGGCUUCAAAAUCUCAUUCAGUGUCUUCGGGGGCCGUUGAAAUCAUUGACGCUAAAAGAAUCCGACUAAAUGACUUUCGCUAUAAUGGACAAGCCAAAAAUGCCCAUUUUUGGGUCGGAGUUGGUGCUCAACCUGUGUCCAAGGGGCAUAAAGUACCCGACGAAAACGGAUAUUUGGAUCCUCUGCGCGCCUAUAAAGGCGAGACUGUCACUCUUGAACUUCCCGGGGAUUUAACAAUAUUCAACAUCGCCUGGUUUAGUGUUUUUGAUCUUGAAACUAACGAAAAUUUAGGUUCGAUUAUUAUACCAGAUGGACUUAACGUCCCUCCGUCUCUAGUCAAAGUUAUUCCUUACGAACACCAUCUACCUAAUUGUUUGCAACUACAUAAAGAUUUUCAAGUCUCAUGGGACAUUUUUGGGCCCGCAAUUACCAUCCAAAUGGCCGGACAAGUCGAUGAAAAUUCCUACUUGGCAUUUGGUUUAUCUGGGUCAAGAGAAAAGAGUCAAAUGUUGGGUUCUGAUGUCACUGUAGCCUAUUUAGACGGUUAUAGAGGCUUCGCCACCGAUUAUAACAUCACAGCUUUAACUCCUUGUGUUAAAGUUUUAGGACAAUAUAAAGGUGUAUGUAAGGACGAUCUUGUAGGGGGCCAAGAGAGCAAUCAAAUGCACACAGCCACCCGAGAGAAUGGCAUCAAUAUUAUCACUUUUCGGCGCUCUCUUAUCUCACCCGACCCAGGCGACCAGGAAUACCCCACCGAGGGCUCAGUUUACAUAAUUUGGGCCAUGGGUCGCCUUGACCACAACAAGGAGCCCACUUUUCACGACAUUUACCCCAAGUCCAACAUCAGUAUAGAACUGCAACCCAAAGAACCUUCAUCAAAUUGCUUCUCCUUCACACGUUCGGAUACCCAACUUCGAGAGCCCUGGAUCAAAGGCCAGAUCUACGAUAAGACCAUCAGGACAUUUAAGGCCUAUUUGGGACCUUCGGGGGGCCGAAGAGGCUACCAAGGAACCACCGGACAAACGUCCACGACUCUAGCAUGGUACAUUAACGGAUUGUUAGCCCCCGAAUUGUGGCUGAGGCGAGGCUUGACUUAUGUUUUCCGCGUUUAUGGUGGAAAUAACCCCCACAGUGCUGAGUUUUAUCACCCUUUGAUUAUCACCGAUGAGCCUCAUGGAGGGUUUGACCGGUUAUCUGACGAGGCACAGGCCAAAAUAAGGGUUUUAGCAGGGGUGGAGUACUCGAGAAGAGGACGGCCAAGACCCACCACAGCGGGUCCGUUGUGUUUAGCCAAACAUCAAGAUGCGAAUGACCGUCGCCUCGAUGAUGACUUUCCCACUUUUAAGAAAUUCAACCGGUCUUUGGUCUAUUCUUGUCAGGAGGGCGAGCCGGGGGUUUUGGAAUUUACGCCAAACUCGUCAUGGCCCGAUAUUGUUUAUUACAAUUCGUUUACACAGUCGAACAUGGGAUGGAAAAUUCACAUAAUUGAUAGCUUUUCAUCGCGAUCGAAAGGAAUUUCUUUACGUGGAAACGUUUUUGUCUUAUUAUCAAUUUUGUUUGUUAAGCAAUUAGUGUAAUUGUUUAUUUAAACAAAGAUGCCAUAAACAGAUUUGUCUUAAAUUUUGGGUGAUUGUGUAAUUGACCAGGACUUAAUUAUUUAUUGUAAUUAACACGCCUGAACUGUAAUUUAUUUAUAAAUAAAGUGAUAUAAUGUACGUAA